GGGAAGUAUGGCGGAACUGUUGUUAGACGCAGAUAUCCGUCUCUGGGUGUUUCUACCCAUCGUCAUCAUCACCUUCCUCGUCGGGAUCAUCAGACACUACGUCGCGGUCCUUCUGUCUUCCCAGAAGAAGGUCGAGCUCCUUCAAGUGCAAGACAGCCAAGCACUCCUACGAUCAAGGCUAUUAAGGGAGAAUGGGAGAUUUUUACCAAGAAAUUCCUUCCUCAUGCGAAGGCAAUUCUUCAACAAUGAAGAAACAGGGUACUUCAAGACCCAGAAGAGACAGGGAGCAGCUGGUAACCCAAUGACAGAUCCAAACAUGAUGACAGAGAUGCUAAAGGGUAACAUUACAAAUGUCUUGCCCAUGAUUGUGAUUGGAGGAUGGAUUAAUUGGACUUUUUCUGGAUUCGUCACAACAAAAGUGCCGUUUCCUCUUACUCUGCGCUUCAAGCCUAUGCUUCAGAGAAGCAUUGAUCUCAUGUCCCUUGAUGCAUCCUGGGUGUCAUCUGCCUCAUGGUAUUUCCUCAAUGUCUUCGGACUCCGCAGCAUCUAUGCCCUUGUCUUGGGAGAAAAUAAUUCUGCUGACCAAACAAAGAUGAUGCAGGAGCAGAUGACUGGAAGUGCCAUGGUUCCUCCCGAUCCAAAGGCAGCUUUCAAGGCUGAAUGGGAGGCUCUUGAAGUAUGUGAUCACAACUGGGCUCUGAAAAAUGUUGAAAGUGACCUCCUGGGUAGUGGAAAGACAUCUCAUCCUGAGCCCAAUUCUUCUGAGGCCAUCUACUACCAAAGCAAGACAGAAUCCUAGUCAGCACUGUGCCCAGUCCUCAUCUAUGUUCCAUUUCUACAUCCUCAAACUCCACCUCAUUUUUCAUGCUGGAUCUGACACUUCAGUUAUGUUGUGAGACUUGGCAAAAUUGAUCACAUAAAAGUUUAUCAUGAAUACAGUCAUAUGUCAAAGUCCUGUAUUCCAUGUUACUCUUCCAGCUUAUUGAAUGACUUGUUCUGCUCUCUUUUUUCUGGGACACUCAUGGU